AUGGGAAGUGCACCGUCGAAGGAAGAGGACCCCGAGGUGUCUGAGCUGGCCAUUGAGGAGGGUACGAUCACACAGGACGAGUACCCUCAAGCCCUACCACCCAGAACAACUAAACUACAGGUCACCAAAAGUGUCGACUUCAAAACUAUUGACAAGUUUGCGAGCAAUGUGCCGCCAACGCUUUUGUUUGGAUCGUUUUGGGAUCUGAUAGAACACCUGGUGAUGGCGGUUAACUUUGAUGUCCUAGACGACAUGUAUCGCGCCAGGGCGUUAUUUAGCUGGAUGACUUCUUACAACGUCAACAACAUAGACACUGAUGUCAUUCCGCCGGAAGACUCUCCGCUGGACUACUUUACUAAAAUCAGAUGGGACUUCGGGGACCAUGCACAUUUGUUAUACGCCUUAUGUCUAAUGGCUAAGCUACCAUGUGUCAUAAUCAAUGGGGUGACUAAACACGGCGGAUACAAUAUCGGAGAUCCGAUCGACAAGAAACUCCACGGCUCAAGAUGGAACGCAGUUUUGAUUAAUGGCGAAUGGCGUCUUAUUGACGUUUACUGGGCAAUUUCUACCGUAGACGAUGGGGGCAAGCACGACAAAAUUUACGUCGAUUUUGACGGCAACAUCAACGUGCACUCAACCGUCAAAGACAAUGAAAGUGUUCAACGAAUGAACGAAGCAUUUUUCAUUGCUGAUCCUGAGAAUCUGAUCUAUACUCAUUUCCCAGAUGACCCACAGUGGCAGCUUCUGUCUCAGCCCAUCACACUAAAGCAGUUUGAACGACAAACCUAUAUCCGAGAGAGAUUUCACGACAUGGGGAUAGCUUUGCCUCAAAAACUACAAGAUAAACCCUGCGUGUUACUCUCAAAAGGAAAACCGGUUCAGAUACCACUUGAUCUACCGGAAAAAAGAAGCAAGGAUUUUAGAUUCAAAUACACACUUGUGCAAACCGCAGGCCUUCAUUCGGAAGACAACAGACCGAAACCUGCACUAGAACGAUUCGUUAUGAUGCAACAUGCUCUCGAUAGAGUUCAAUUUACCCUGCAUUUUCCAUGGGAAGGUAUGUUUCGAUUUGAUGUAUUUGGUACAGAUGUUACAAGGUCGGAACUGUUCAGUCUGAUUAUCUCGUAUGCAAUAAAGUGCAAAGAAGCAACUCCAAACUGUCAGGCUCUUCCAGAUAUACCGAUGUUGGGAUGGGGCCCAAAUCCAGUGGCAUCAGCUGUCGGUCUUACUCCAACGACAUCUAUCGGGGCAAUCAUCAGCACAGACACAGGGACGGUUGCCAUCAAGUUGAAAACGAAGGGGAUAACAAAACUAACACACACAAUGAAGAGCCUACAGGUUGAGGAGGCAACUCUAAGUCGUUAUGCCGUUUCUGAGACUGGCAAAGACACAUGCACAAUCAGCGUCCGAAUUCCAACGAAUGGAGAGUACGGACUAAACAUAUAUGCAAACUCAAAGGAAAAGGACAAGAGGAAAAAUCAGAACAAAAAUCUUCUGAGUUUCCUAAUACGAUGCGAUAUGAAGACUGAAGCUGAAACAUCACCAUUUCCAAACGUGUUAGGGAAUCAAGUCGGAAUGAAGUCAGGUGCAACUGAACUCGGUGUCGUGCAACAGGGCGAUAACUGCGAUAGAAAGGUCGCUGUUAACGGCAAAAUUACAUUGCAAUUCGCUGUGGCAGAGGAUGCCUCCCUACAUUUUGAACUCCACAGCAACAAUCCACAAGGUAAAAACACUAUGGCAGGAGUAGAAAAGAGAGUGGACAACAUGUGUGACUAUGUUAUGGAACUUCCUGUUGCUGGAAUGUAUGCGGUGAAUGUUUUUGGGACACGGAAUGUGGAAAACGCUACCAUAACAGAGGUAUAUAGCUGUAUAAUACAAUCAGAGGGAAAUGGUACCGCCGCCACUAUUACCGACAACAACAAACCUGGCCUUAACAAGAACAAAGGAAAAUUCAAAACACUUGACGACAGUAAACACGGGUUUAAUAAGACCAUCUACACAACAACUGGCUCUGUUAAGGUGCCAAUGCCUGUCAUUGCUGGAGAGGUGUUUCCAUCGUUGAAGCGAACUGAUGCGACUGACGAAGGGGACAGUGUUACAGCCACAGUACUUGUAUCCGAUGGAAAUCAGCUGGAAAUUAGAAUGAAAGUAUCCGGUGAUUACUUACUGGAUCUGUUUUCAAAGGAAAGCACAGGAAAUAUCAAAACAAUUGGGAGAUACACCAUCACCUAUGACUCUGGGUCUGACACUGAUUCUGAAGAACAGUUAGAAGAGACAGCAGCUGAAGAAGAGGGUCAUGUUCUUGCAUCGGGAGCGCUGCUGAAAAUUGGAAAAACAAACCAGACUGUAACGAAACCAAAGAAAAAACAGACUAAAUCGCCUCCACCAAAAGAAGUGCCCAAAAAACCACCACAAAAAGUUGAACCUAUGCGGAAACCUCCAACGAAGAAGGAUUUUGAUCAGUUAGUGAAGUUUCUAAAUCGCCAGUAUAAAACAAAGCCUAUUCCAGCUGAUGUUGGUCUUGAUGCCUGGUUCGACGCCAAAGACAAAGAAAAGGCUGUGGAAGAUAUAACUAAAGCGUGUAGCUUCAGAAAAGCUGUUAUGCUUGAAGAGGCUAUAGAGCGAGCAGUGGAGGUUAAAGCUGUCAGUGAUGAGAGAACAAACUUGGAUAUGCAGAUACGAAUGGCGGCUAGGGUUCUCAAGACAGUGACCAGAGUGGAGAAAGAUUUGAUUGAGUGCUAUGGCUUGCAUUUGAAGUCGAUGUCAGAAAUAAAGCGUUAUCAGUCACCUCCCCCUGGCGUGCAUCACGUGGUUGCCGCAACAUUUCUUCUACUAGGGGAGGAUAUAGAGGACUUGAAAAAAUGGUCCCUGUGUAGACGACUGCUUUCCCAGAUGGGAAAUCAGUUUGUGUUCCGUAGAAUGGCUAAGCUGGAUCCUACGUCACUACAACCUCUAGUGAUUGAAACCGUCAACCGUAUUCUCCAGCCUUUUACCGCUGUACAGAUCAGAGAAGCGAGUAUGGAGGCAGCCACUCUUCACGCAUGGAUCAUGAGAGUUGUGAGAGAAAAUGAGAAUAAAGAAGACCCGAGUCCAUCGCGGCAUUCUCAUAUUCCUCCGAGGUCCUCCACCAUGCAAGAAUGAAUACCUCAACAGACAACGGACGUUUGAUUGACUUUAAUGUUUAUUAAGUACACUGAGCAUUCAAUUGAUGGUCAAUGAUUAACAAUGACACUUAUUUAUUUACAAAGAUUUAUACAAAUAAUGAAACAGACAUUUUAAACUUUAUUUCAUGUUCAGAUGAUCAUUCAUGUAUGUCAGAUAGGAAACUCGGGACAUAGAUAAAAGAUAGGAAUUUAUUCAUUUUGAAAAAAACAAAAUAUCACAAAUGUUUUAUGAAAGUGUCAAAACACAAAAAUACAACAAGAUAUAUUUUCUUAUUAAGAUUGUAGUAACUUCAA